ACAUUUCUUAUGCUCAUCAUCCAGAGUUGGGCCCUUACAAACCAUUCACAUCUACUUUCCUGGUGGUGAGUCGCACGCUUUUCGAAUUGAUGGCUCCGUGACCAGGCUGCCGAAAGCAUGAGUCUCCGUAUCCUAGAUUCCCAUCGUCGACGUACCUUCAAUGGCCACCGUCAGAAUAUGCGUCUGCGGUGACGAGGGUUGUGGUAAGUCCAGUCUUAUCACUUCCCUGGUCAAAGAUACCUUCAUCAGCAACAGAAUCCAAGCUGUUCUUCCUCAAAUUACUAUUCCUCCCACCCUGGGAACUCCCGAAAAUGUCACAACCACGAUCGUCGAUACCUCUGCCCUUCCUCAGGACCGGGCGAACCUGGCUCGCGAGCUGAGAAAGUCCAAUGUCAUUCUGCUGGUCUACUCCGAUCACUAUAGCUAUGAAAGAGUUGCUCUGUUCUGGUUGCCAUACUUCCGUUCCCUGGGCGUCAAUCUACCCGUCAUACUAUGCGCAAACAAGUCGGAUCUGGUCACAAGCAGUACACCUGCUCAGAUAAUGGAAGAAGAGAUGUUACCUGUCAUGUCAGAGUUCAAGGAGAUUGAUCAAUGCAUACGGACCAGUGCUCGUGAGCAUUACAAUGUCAACGAAGCUUUCUUCUUGUGCCAGAAAGCUGUGACACAUCCGAUCGCACCCUUGUUUGAUGCAAAAGAGUCGGCUCUGAAACCGGCUGCUGUAGCGGCUCUGCUUCGCAUCUUCUACCUGUGCGACAAGGACAAGGAUGGGUUAUUGAAUGACAAGGAGGUGCAGGAUUUCCAGCUCAAAUGUUUUGACAAGAACUUGAACCCGGAGGAUUUGCAGCACAUCAAGGACACGAUCGAGCAUAACAUCCCUGGGGCAGCUUCGAGUCGAGGUAUCACCUCGCAAGGCUUCCUACUUCUGAACAAGCUGUAUGCAGAGAAAGGCCGACACGAGACGAUAUGGGUCAUCCUCAGGACGUUCCAAUAUACUGACAGCUUGUCUUUGCAAGAAUCGUUCCUCCACCCAAAGUUUGAAGUGCCCGAAUAUGCCUCAGCCGAGCUCUCCCCAGCUGGUUAUCGAUUUCUGGUCGACCUGUUUCUCACUUCUGACCGCGAUAACGACGGUGGUCUCAAGGAUGAAGAACUUGCAUCACUGUUUGCACCAACACCAGGAAUUCCGCAGCUCUGGAUCGAUAACAACUUUCCUUCUUGCACUGUACGCAACGAUGCCGGCCACGUUACGUUACAAGGCUGGCUAGCGCAAUGGUCCAUGACGACCUUCAUGUCACCCAAAACGACCUUGGAAUACCUCGCAUAUCUCGGCUUCGAGUCGCCCGACCGAUCCAAUUCCAGCACUACUGCUGCCCUGAAACUGACGAAGCCUCGCAAGAGAAGAAAGAGGCCUGGACGGGUAGGACGAAACGUCCUGCUUGCACAUGUUUUAGGUGCUCCACAGUCAGGCAAAUCAGCUCUGCUCGAUGCAUUUCUUGCCCGACCGUUCAACAACCUCUAUCAUCCGACCAUUCAGCCACGAGUAGCCGUCAACACAGUGGAGUUGCCCGGAGGCCGGCAGUGCUAUCUCAUUCUGAAGGAGCUAGGCGAGUCAGAAGCAGCUGUCCUCGACAACAAGAGCAAGUUGCUAGACCAGUGCGAUGUCAUUGUCUACACGUACGACUCUUCAGAUCCAGACUCAUUCGCAUAUAUUCCGAACAUGCGAAAGACUUAUCCUUAUCUUGAAGACCUACCUUCAGUGUACGUGGCUUUGAAGGCGGACCUCGACCGAACCACGCAAAGAGUUGACCAUCAGCCUGAAGAAUACACCGCUCAAAUACAACGCAUGCCUCAGGGUCCGCCCAUAUCUACCAGUGUGACGUGGCCAUCGAUUCAGGACUUGUUCGUGGUCAUCUCAGAAGCCGGACUCGAUCCCGUCACUGCGUGUCCACGUCCACUGGAUGACGACGAUAAUGGUCAGUUGAUGAGGUAUGGUUUGGUGCUGGCGGCGGUCGUCUGCGCCGGCGCUGCUGCGGUGGUUAUAUGGCGGAGGUCAACAUCAUCGGCAAGCUGAACUCAUGUCGACGUAGCAGAAUUGAUCUAUCAUCAUCGGGAUCCAUUGUGUCUGUAAAUUGUUAAGGCCAUCAGGCGUACCGUUUGUAGCCAAAGGCUUAGAUAAGCAUGAAACGUCAACAUGAUGAUCCUCCUCCUCUAAAAUGUUGCG